GCCACACACGACUUGAUGAUGACUGUCGAUGACUCGUUGUCUUUGCUUCGUCCGACGGAAGUGCGGUUCGAAUCUAUGUAUCACAUGCUCCACCGACUAGCAGACAGAGAGGAUGUUCUUGUUGAGAUGGUGGAUGGGAGGUCGGUUGAAAAGUGGAGAGCGUUGAGAUGGUUUGGGGAGAAGUUGCGCCGGAGAGCCGACCUCGUGUACUACACGGUGAGGUCCAAGGCAUGGUGGCUGCAGGUGAAGAGGAUUGUGGACAUCAUGCGCCCGAUCUUCCAGUUGCUGAAGAGAAUGGACACAGAAGGCACACCUCCCACCAAUCUUGUUGAUUACGAUGAUAUGAUUGCAAAUUGCAAUGGGCGAAAAUUGAUGAACGUGGUGCUGACGAAGAAGGAUCGGGAGGAUGUCAUUGAGAAGGUGUGUAACCGUGUUCUAAUGAUGAGGCAACCAAUUCAUGCGGCUGCAUUCGUUCUUGAUCCACAGCGGACGAAUGAACGCUGGCUCUUCGAUCAGAACAGUCCAGUGAUGCAAAAUGCAAUGCGCUUCUUCUUGAGGCUGAUCGGAGGUGAGUGCGAUAUGGUGGAAAGUGGUUGUUGGAAGUGGGAAUGGGGGGCUGUUGGGAGUGUACUGGGUGAUGGUAGACUGGAGUUGAGGACCGGGCUAGUGCGAAGGAAGGCUGGUUCGUUGGAGGCUGGUGAGCAACAGCAAGGGAGUGAAGCCCGCUUGCUAUUGGGGGAGAAAGCUGCAGAGGGAGGGGGGCUUGUGGAUAUGGUAUGGCAACGAGUGGUGGGGACGAAAGGAGACCUGAGAGAGGGAGCAGAGCUUGAGGUGUGUUCAAGGGUGGAGGGGGGAGGGCUUGUUGUGGAGGCUGAACAUUGUGGGAAUUAUGUGUGGUACCGUAAUAUGAUGCGGGUUGCAUUGCGUGCAGGUUUUGGAGGAGCUGAGGUUGCAGUGGUGGAUGCUGGAGAAGCGGCUGAUGAGAGGAAUUAUCCGCGGGGCCCUGUGACAGAGGUGGAGGUGGGUGUGGGUGUAGCUGUGGAGUCGCGGUUAUAGGUACCAUGGCCGUGGUGAUUGCUGUGGGCAUAGGCUGGGAGACGGGGCGGGGAGGCUUGGCGAUGGGCAUGGUUCGGAUUCUGUAAGCCUGUGCUCCUGGAGGGAUGUGAUGAACCGUCUCCCCGAGGUACUGGGAUUGGAGGACCACGGCCUCCUCUUCCUCUUGGUGCUCGACCUCUGCCUCUGCCUCUGCCUUGUCCUGGAGGCAUUGGUUCGUUGAUUCUGGGACAUUCCGAAUCAAACUCAUCGUGAAAC